UUUAAUAGCUUUGGGCCAAGAUAUAUUACAUGAUCCAAGUGUAAUUAGCAAGUUUGUACGUCAUCGUUUUGGUUUUCUUCAUAAAAAACCCAAAGCGGCAAAGCCCUCCUCCUCAUCGUCUUCAUCUUCAAACCCUACACCAUUAACUCCCACCAAAAACCCUUACCUCUAACCUCCUAUGGGGUUCUUCGACCUUAACAUUCCAUACACGGAUUCCCCGCCGCAAAGCAAGGCGAAUUCCACCGUCGCCAAAUCCACCCGCAUUAAAAUUGUGAUCAAAGCGAUGGAGCUGGGCUACACGGGGAUCGCCUACAACCGUACGAUCAGGGGCGUCAUGUCUGAUCGCGACCGGUGCUCGAUUCCUCUUCUUGGUCUCUCCUCUCUCCUCAAUGUCGCCCCCUUUCUCUCCUCUUCCGUAAACUUCCACCGAGACCUCCUCGGGGUCCCUCGCUCCUCUCCUUUCCGCCAGUACACGCGCCUCACCGUCUGCAUUGAUACCGCGUCGCAGUCACAAGCUUUAAAUUCGGGAAACCCGAUAUUGAAGACGUACGACAUUGUUGCCGUUAGGCCGUUAAACCAAAAUGCAUUUGAUCACGCUUGCGAAAAAGCCGAGGUGGAUAUAAUUUCAAUUGAUUUCUCAGACAAGUUGCCGUUUCGAUUGAAAUUGCCUAUGGUUAAAGCUGCUAUUAAGCGUGGGAUAUAUUUUGAAAUAACAUAUUCUGAUCUUAUUGUGGAUGUUCAUCAAAGGAGGCAAAUCAUAUCCAAUGCUAAGUUGCUGCUGGAUUGGACUCGAGGAAAAAAUGUCAUGCUUUCUAGUGCUGCACCUUCUGUAUGUGAAGUUAGAGGGCCUAAUGAUGUUGCAAACUUAGCAUCUUUGCUUGGUCUCUCUAUGGAACGAGCUAAAGCAGCUAUUUCCAAAAAUUGUAGGAGCCUUUUGACCAAUGCUUUGAGAAGAAAACACUUUUUCAAGGAGGUUAUCAGAGUUGAAGCAGCAUCCACCAGUCGGCAAUCUGACUCUGAAAUACCUUUGUAUGCGGACUGGCUUAAGUGGGAUCCCAUCUCUAGUGGUGAAGGUGAUUUACAGCUGGAUGACAUGGCGAAAUCCUUUUGUGCCUCCACUAAUGCAUCAAAAACUGUGAAAGCCAUUGAUUUUGAUUCUAUUAUUGACAAGAUGCCAUCACAUGGCUUCCAAGUUAAGGAUUUGAUAUCUGGAAGUGAGGCUUCCUUCCAGCCACAGACAGAAGUAAAAAGCUUUUUGUCUACUCCUCAGCCAAUUGAGUUAUCUGUUAGAACUAAUCAGGCGUCUGAAAAUUCCAUCAAGCAUGGGCUUUUUCCUGAAACAGAUGAUGCUACAUUAGAAAAUACAUGUUCGGAACCUCUGACCUCUGCAUUUGGGGAUCCUCAAAAGUUAGACCUGGCAAGUUAUGAUACAAAAACUUCAACUGGUUCUGAAGAAGUCGUAACUGAUACGGUCAUGACUGAGAAAGAAUUGGAGACUCGUAGUGCCUCAGAUGCAGCAUUUGGCUCUGUUGAAGCUGGAAACCAGGGUCUGCAAUCCAAAAAGUGCUAUGAGCAAAAUUUUGUGUUACUAAAUGAGAAUGUGAAUGAUGGUCUAAAUGCUGUAAUGCUGAAUGAGGAUGUGAUAUCUCAUCAGACAUCUGCCAUGGACAUUGAACUGGAUGCAGCUGCUUUAGAGAUUUCUCCUCCAUCUGAGUGCAGUAGUUUACCUCCUACUCAGGGCAGGGAGUCUAAGAGUUCUAAAGGUUCUUGUGUAUUUUCAGGUGUGGAGACUAUUAAGGUGGAUGAUAUAGCAGUUGACAUGGAUAAGGAACCCCAGGAAACUACGGCUUCGUCCUUGAAUAAUAUGUCUUCGCUUGAAAAUAUUUCAGAAAGAAUGUCAUUGAGGACUUCUGAAGAUGAUGCAGUUAUUGCUGAUCAAAUUUCACUCCAGCAAUCAGAUGAUGAGAUGAGAGUUAAAGAUAACUCCUUAGUGCCAAACCAUGAAAACCAAGUGUUGUUAAUGGAAGAGCAAAAGCUUGCUGAAGCUGAUAGCAGUAUGAAUGAUCUUGGCUCAGUCCUAAGUAAUGAACCUUUGCAUGAAACUGUCAUCAAGAAAGAACCAACCACAAUACUAAGGAAUCCAUUUCCAGAGUCCAAUCCAAAGAUGAAAUUGAAAGUCCCCUCGUCAACCAUGACUAAUGAGAUCCAAGAGGUGGCAAUGGAAUUGAAAAGGCGUGGAGAAGAUGAUAACAAAACUAAUGAUCCUACUUUAGGUCAGCGAAUAUCAGGAAAGUCAAGAAGAAGACAUAGGAAUCAUCAUCACGCGCCCUUGUUUCCUUUACGGCGCAGCCUGUAUCCUGUAUCUUUCAAGAGGAAAGCAGCUCGAAAAUCAGAGCGCAGGGUGAAGAUGGAAGAACUUUAAUUAAUAUGAGUGUGCAUGGUUUAACCCUUUGCAUUAUUGAAUACUAUUUUUUCUUUCUUUUACGGUAAAACUUCUAAUCUAGUGCUCUGUGGAUGGGGCCUGAGUUAAAUCCAGUUAAUUUUAAGAAUAUGGAUUUGGAUGUUAAUUUUUUGGGUAUUAAUCUUAACCAGUGCUUUUCUACUGCA